GAGCAACAAGAGGAGCAAAAACGGGGCGAGAAAUGUGAUGGAUGAUGAGUGUCGUUGUCCUUUUGAAAGAUGCAAGUUCAAAGGAGAUGAGGUCACUGUCUCGUUGCAUGUCGGGCGGCAUCUGGAUGGAGCCCUACAGGAAGGUGAUGGCGAAGGCUCAACCGUAGCCGAGGAAGCGUCCGAGCGGGACGGAUUCGGCGGGCUUGAAGACAUGUAUGACUUCGACGGUGAACCAAAUAUGAUCCCUUGCCAUCACCCAGAUUGCGGCGCCAUGAUCCUUGCUGCCGAGGUCCAAACACACGAAGAUGCUCAUCUCGCCUUACAACUCUCGCUCGACGAAGCCCAGUUUGCGGAAGCUAAUGAAGCUAAACACUUCAAUGCUCUGAAGAAGAGAGAGCUCGGUCAUUUCAUGGACAGGGAUGAGAAACAGGGAGGACCGCCACCUAAAGUCUUAAAGGCCAUGGAGCAAGUCGGAAGAGGCGGGCGCCAGUUACUGAUAGCGGGAAGUAAUCUGGGCUGGGUGACCGACAAUAUGACGGUCGGUAUCCUGACUGCAUUGAAGAAUGUCUUCAACGUACCUGUUAUGGAGAAGUACAAACUGUGGUUGGCCGAUCCGUCGGGGUGUAUGCACAUUGGUGGAGAGAACGACGAUCGUGGAUUCGGUUGUGGAUUCCGGAAUGCGCAGAUGCUGCUGAGCUAUCUGGCACAUACUCGUCCGACUGACUAUGUGAAUGCCUUUGGACAAAAGGACCUACUGAGUAUCUCUGAGAUACAGCAGAAGAUCGAGAGGGGGUGGGAGAUGGGUAUUGACUGGUUAGGAAGGGAGCAAUUGCAGGGCAAGAUCCUUGGUACGAGGAAGUGGGUUGGGACGACGGAGGUGUAUACCUUGUUUACACAGGCAGGGAUCAAAGUUGAGAUUGUUGACUUUCCUCGGGGAGAGACAGCCAGGCAGUCCGUAUAUGAAUACGUUUCAUCAUACUUCGGAACAUCCACACCGCAACAGAAGAGGGUCAAUGUCACGAACAAGGGCCCGCUAUACUUUCAGCACAAGGGUCAUAGCCGAACCGUUGUCGGUUACGUGGAGUCGCCGGAACGUGGCCUCCUUGUGUUUGACCCGGGGAAGAAGCCGACGCAGUUCUUGAGGCAGAUAAGGAACCCGAAUUUCAACCCGAAGAACAAUGUGGGAAGGAAGAGGGAUACUGAUUGGGAGAUGGUGGUGAAGCCGUAUCUCAUAAGGUUGGAGAAUGAGAUGAGGAGUGAUGAGUGGCAGCUGCUGCGCAUAGAAGAAGGCACAGGGAUGAUGGAUGCUCGGGAAAGAGACGAGAGAAAGACGAUUAAGUUCACACGGUUUGCGGACCAAUGAAGAGAUGAGCAUAUGGCUCCGGAGAGCCGACAUAAGGAUGGCAGAGGUGGGCGAGGCACGGCCUCGGACCGAGGAGAUU